UAGUCUGUCAUUUGACCAGGCAGUUCACAGAGGCAAGAGCUCAACACCAAGAGGAAAACAGAGGAAAACAGGGAGACAGGGGGAAAGGAGCACAAUGAAUAAAACAAUCAGCUUGCUGGAAUCUUUUUAAGGCUUUUAUCACCAUCUGGGAAACCCUGUGGGUCUGUGAGUGUGGAUUUUGCCUUGGCAGCAGCUUCUGUGGACUCUUUCCCCUCUUCUCGAUUUUGGAUGUGUGGGCUUUAAAAGUCUGUCUGCUGUCAACUAAAGAGGAGGAGGAGGAUUAACUGACACCUUUUAGGGGAUUUAAACUUUGGGGAGACUACUUGUGUGAGGGUGAGAGAGAGAGAGAGAGAAAGAGAAAGAAAAAGAGAGGGGGGAGAAGGAGAGAAAGUGCCGGGCCAUGCCCACCUCUGCUCAUGGUUGAACAGCAUGAAAGGGGGCCACCAUCACCAUCGCCACCACCGAGGCUGUGGCUGCCAACACUUGUUCCGUAAAGUCUUGACCAAGUGUGGCUGCUGCUAUGCCCGUGUCAGAGAUUCGUACUCGGCAGCUGGCAGCGAGGGCAGCAUCUCCACCUCUGUGGCUUCCUUGCCUCCGCAGGCCUCGGGCAGCUCGGCCCCGAGCUCCCCUGGUUCCAGGCGCUCAGUGAGCACCCUGAAGAAGUGGCUCACGAACCCAGUCCGCAAACUCAGCGCCGGAGCUACAGCUAAAGGGGAGCGUCAGGUCCGCAAACUUGAUGGAAAGCCUCCCCCUCUUCAGUCCCAAAGCAACAGCCUGGACCUGGGCAGCCCCCCAAGGCCUGAUGACACCUUCACCAUCCUGCCUGUCACUCACAGAGAACUGGAGUGGAAAGAUGGCCUGGCGAGCCCUGAGGAUCUGUCACCUGCUACACUGCAGGCUCCCAGCUAUAUAACAGACUCUCUGAUUGGCUGCACGUCACUGCCAAACACACAGGAUACUCAGUUCAGCAGUGUUCUGCCAGAUGACAGCGGCUCCGUCUUAAUGGACGACACCUCCAGCCAAUGGUCGGCUGUGGCUGACACUGAGGAGGAGAGGGGGAGUGCCUUAGAGAAAAGCAUGUAUGUUCUGAAGGAGCUUAUAGAGACAGAGAAGCACUACGUGGUAGACCUGGGGCUCAUAGUGGAGGGCUACAUGAAUACAAUGACCUCCAAAGGCAUACCAGAGGACAUGAAGGGAAAAGACAAGAUUGUCUUUGGGAACAUUCACCAAAUAUUUGACUGGCAUAAAGACUACUUCCUGGGAGAGCUGGAGAAGUGUUUGGCAGAGCCCGAGAGGCUGGCUCAGCUCUUCAUCAAACAUGAGAGGCGUCUGCAUAUGUAUGUUGUGUACUGUCAGAACAAACCCAAGUCAGAGCAUAUCGUCUCAGAGUAUAUUGAGACAUACUUUGAGGAGUUACGGCAUCAGCUGGGCCACAGGCUGCAGCUCAACGACCUGCUCAUCAAACCCGUCCAGAGGAUCAUGAAGUACCAGCUGCUGCUCAAGGACUUCCUCAAGUAUCACACCAAAGCUGGUAUGGACACAGAGGAGUUGGAGAAAGCGGUUGAAGUGAUGUGCUUUGUGCCAAAGCGUUGCAAUGACAUGAUGAAUGUGGGCAGACUUCAAGGCUUCGAGGGGAAGAUCACGGCGCAGGGCAAACUGCUUCAACAAGACACCUUCACUGUCACUGAACAGGAUAGCAGCUUCUUGUCCCGAGCCAAGGAGAGGCGGGUCUUCCUGUUUGAGCAGCUGGUCAUCUUCAGUGAGCCAAUCGACAGGAAGAAAGGUUUUUCAAUCCCAGGAUACAUCUUUAAGAACUGCAUUAAGGUAAGCUGCCUGGGGGCGGAGCCCAGCGUGGAAGGCGAUGAUGCUCGCUUUGUGCUGACAUCACGCAACCCAGAUGGGAGUGUGGUGCGCUUCCAGUUGCUGGCGUCUUCCCCUGAGAUCUGCAGAGCCUGGGUCAAUGAUGUUGUGCAGAUCUUGGACUCACAGCGCAACUUUCUUAAUGCCUUACAGUCCCCCAUCGAGUACCAGCGGCGAGAAAGCAAGUCUAACAGCCUAGGCCGCUGCAUGAGACCCCCUCUGUCUGCUGCCAGUGCCCUUCGGCCCCACUCUUCCGCUUCCAUUGAUCGCCACAAGCUGCCCUCCCUUCACUCCCACAACAUCUCCUUACCCACUCUCUACCUGCCCAGCCAAGGCCAGAGCCAAGGACCCAGUGAGACGUUCCCACAGCAGGAACCCACUAUGGUCCAGCUGUGCCCUGCUGACUCUGACACUGUUUCUCCGUCACACAUCCAACUGGGUUUCACUGAUCGGCCAAACUGUCAAGCUGUGUCAAAUGGGCUGUACACCCCGACUACACAAAGUUCACAGCAGAGGGCAGCAGAGGGCUGCAGAAGGGGCCAACCUGCUGAUGCCGGGAACCAGCCUCCAGUGUUGGGCCCCUCAGCUGGACGACGCCCCAGCAUUCUGGCUCAACUGGCCGAGGAUGACCUCUGAACUCCGACAUCAUGUGUGUCCUGGGUCAGGAGGACAGCAGCUAAAGCCACAGCUGUGGAGAUAGGUAGAUCAGUCUCCUGUCUCUCAAUGCCAGGCUGGACCUUCACCUUGUUCAGUCAGGAUUCAUGGAGAAAAAUGGAGGAACCUAAAGGAUUAUGGGAAAAAAUUGUGGGCUGCAGCUAUAAAGUGACUUUGCUCCUGGUUUUGGAGAGCCGUUUGGAGGUGAGCAACCUUUGCCACCUUCGCUGUACAUGAACAGCACCCAGUGUGAUGUUACUGGGUUCAGAGUGAAAACACUAAGUGUUAUGACGAUUUCUUUUUUGAGUCUGUAUACCACUCUCUUCUCUCUUUCAAAGGGCGAGUGGGAUUUGUUUGACAAAGAUCCAUUCCUAACCGGGGCGGUCACUGGAGUUGUGUAUGUGCCUGAAUGCAUGUUUGUGUGGAUGUGUUUGAGUGCAUGAGAGGCUGCAGGGAGUGGCAGCUGCUCCUCUUGUACCCUCUUUUUAUUUUCCGAUGCCCCAUUGUGAAGGCAAGAAGUACAACUACAUUAACACAUUUUGUCAUUCCCCUGCUGACAACUGAGUUUGCUGUUGAUGUUGACGAGAACGGGAAAAAGCAGAACACUUGAUGUGAACACGCCACAAGGACUUGAUUCACUCGGACUGAGAGUGAAGAACUUUCUUUGAGAGCUCUUCUGCACUCUCUUAUUCUGUUUGACAGGCCCUCGUUUGAUCUGGACAAAAAAGGCAUGAUGGAGCCCCCUGGAGGUUCUCUGUGGGUAUGACGUCAUAUCAGAAUACAUUUUUUUUUCCUCUUUUGGCAACUCCAGAGGAGCUGCUGGUGCAAGAGGUGCAUUCAGAGGGACUGCUGUGCUGACCCAAAGUGAUGCAUGCAACAUCUCCUCAGUGAUUGACUGUCACUGUACUACUUUACACAGAUCGUUCUUUACAGGCCGAAACUGGGUGCCUGUACUUUCGGGACACAAGUCCCUAAAAGUGCAUUGGUUUAAACUAAUAUAGAUUGUUUUUUUAAGUCCACUGUUGUCAUGUCAAGGCUGUGCACCAUUUUUAUUUUCUCCGUUAGCUUUAAAUUCUGUACUGUACAUACCAUAAAGGCAAUCAUGUACAUUUCCAAUGAUGAAGAAUGACCCGUGAUGUGUUAUUGUUUGUUCACAUGAAGGAUAAUAUGUUGCAAGUUGAAAGAGUCACGCUGGUGAAUCUGCAUGCUCCCUCUUAUUUAGACAACAGUGCCAAAAAACAGCAGCUCGCCACUCAGAGAUAUCAUGCUCUUACUUCAUACUCAGUUUGCCAUUCUUCUUCAACAACCAUAGAUUUCAGUGUUACUUUCUUACAUGUAACGCAAAAAGAGAAGGAAAAGUAGAAGGAGUUCUUCUCUGUGGCCAGUAGAGGUCCCCGUGAGACUUUUACUUCCAGUUUAGUUUGAUCACAGCUUCACCAAAGAUCAAUAGGCUUCACAUUUCAGCGCUUGCAAUGAUAGAAAAGCUGCUCAAUAAUCAAUCUGAGUAAAUUAAUAAUAAAAGUUAAAAAGUAAAAGAUUCAAUGAGUUGAACCCUCUCACAGAAUCGAUCUGCAGUUAAUGUGACUGAUCAGGGGGUUUACAUUUACAAAUUUAAACUUAAACCACUACAGGGAACCAAAGGAAGGAUAUAAAACCAGGAGAGGGUUUGUUGAUGCCAUGUUUGACUGACUAUAAACUGUUGUAUCAUAUCAAAUAAAAAAUGUGUCCUUUUG